CGCGCUGUUUUGUUUUUUUCUGGUUGAACUUUUAACCGGAAAUCAUCAGCUGCGCAUGCGCCACCUGCUGAGCGGCUCGGACUCGGUAAAGUUCUCCGCAGUGAGCCGAACCAGCGGCGGAACCGGAGCCAUGGAACCCCACACGGCCUCCCCGGACGAUCCGGUUCAGGUGAAGGUGGAGCCGGACGGGGACGUGGAGAUCCAGUCUUACCCGGUCCUCAGGAAGCUGUCCAUCACUCUGACGGACUGUAGGUCGUGGCUGGAGGGGCGGGACUUCCUGUCUCUAGGCCAACACCCUCAACUCUGCGAGUUUACGCCACUGCAGCAGCCUUCCACCAACACCGGCAGGAAGAUGGCGUACUGCCCCGAGUGUAAGAAGGGCUUCUACAAGCAAUCUCACCUGGAGGCCCACCUGAGGGUCCACCAAGGCCAGAAACCCAACGAGUGCUGGCAAUGCGGGAAGACCUACCCGACCCUGAUGAGCCUGGUGGUCCACCAGCAGAUCCACGACCGCCAGGAGCCGUACCGCUGCUCGUACUGCGACAAAACCUUCGCCCUGAAGAGGGACUGGAAGACCCACCACCGCACGCACUCCGGUACCAAACCCUUCAAGUGCUGGUUCUGUGGAGACGGGUUCUGCGAGCAGGACGAGCUGACGGAGCACCUGCAGCAGCACCAGGGGGAGAAGUGCUACCGUUGCUCGGUCUGCGACAAGAUGUUUGUGUCCUACCAGGGCUUCAACUUUCACCGCAAGUCACACAAGAGCCAGACGUUGCUGCCGUGCAACAGGUGCGACAAGACCUUCACCAACCCUCAGAGCCUGAAGCUGCACCAGGUCACGCACUCCAGCAAGAAGCCGCACAAAUGUCCCACCUGCGGGAAAGGCUUUAAGCUGCAGAGCGGCCUGCGCUGCCACCAGCGCACCCACGAUGACCUGCGCGACUACCACUGUGCCGAGUGCGGCAAGUGCUUCUCCAGCCUGCAGGGCCUGAAGCUGCACAACCGGACCCACACCGGCCUCAAGCCCUACAAGUGCCCCGAGUGCGGCAAGAGGUUCACGCAGUCUCCACACCUCAAGUCCCACAUGGUGACCCACACCGGUGAGCGGCCGUUCCUCUGCACCACCUGCGGCAAAAGGUUCACGCAGUCGUCCCACCUGAGGUCCCACAUCACGCUGUUCCACGUGGGCGAGAAGCCAUUCAGCUGCGAGGACUGCGGCAAGAGCUUCACCAUCGCCCACUACCUGAAGAUGCAUCGGCUGAGCCACACCAAGGAGAAGCUGUACCAGUGCUCCUACUGCCAGAAGUCUUUCUCCUACCACAACUCGUGGCGGGCGCACGAAAGGAUCCACACCGGCGAGCGUCCGUUCAGCUGCCAGGACUGCGGCCAGAGCUUCAUCACAUCGGGCUCGCUGCUGAGCCACCAGAGGGCCAAACACACUGGCGAGAAGAGCCACUACUGCAUCACCUGCGGAGAGUUCUUCUUCACCAGCUCGCUGCUGCGCGUCCACCAGCUGGACCACACCGGGGAGCGGCCGCACGCCUGCAGCUGCGGAAAAACCUUCAAGACCAAAGGCGUGCUGCGCUACCACCUGAAACGCUUCACCGAGCACCGACCCUCCCAGUGACCCGCCACCUGGAGGGGGCGUGGCCACAGACAGGUGCAACAGGAAGGACGCCUCUUCAGGUGGUCUGAGCUGGAGCUGGACUGUCUGGAGGAGCAGCUCCACCUACUGGUUGGAGGGUUUCUUUCACUACAUGAGGACAGAAACUCCUGAAGGACACACAUCAGAACCUGUCAGGUUUUAGUUUCUUCAGCAUCAUCAGAUGAACUCUACAGGAACUCUCCCAAAGAACCACAAACACUAACAGACUUUAUCUCAUGUUCCAUGCACUGCUCCAGAGCAUCUAACACGUGUUCUCCUCAGAGUGGUCCACCAAUGAAGGUCCAACCCAUCUGAUCAGUUAUUGAUCUGAAGGUUUAAUGGAGCUGAUCAGUUAUUGAUCUGAUCAGUUAUUGAUCUGAAGAUUCAAUCCAUCUGAUCAGUUAUUUAUCUGAAGGUUUAAUGGAGCUGAUCAGUUAUUGAUCUGAUCAGUUAUUGAUCUGAAGAUUCAAUCCAUCUGAUCAGUUAUUGAUCUGAUCAGUUAUAGAUCUGAUCAGUUAUUGAUCUGAUCAGUUAUUGAUCUGAAGAUUUAAUGGAGCUGAUUGGUUAUUGAUCUGAUCAGUUAUAGAUCUGAUCAGUUAUUGAUCUGAUCAGUUAUUGAUCUGAUCAGUUAUUGAUCUGAUCAGUUAUAGAUCUGAUCAGUUAUUGAUCUGAAGAUUUAAUGGAGCUGAUCGGUUAUUGAUCUGAUCAGUUAUUGAUUUGAAGAUUUAAUGGAGCUGAUCGAUUAUCUGAUCAGUUAUUGAUCUGAUCAGUUAUUGAUCUGAAGGUUUAAUGGAGCUGAUCGGUUAUUGAUCUGAAGGUUUAAUGGAGCUGAUCAGUUAUUGAUCUGGUCAGUUAUUGAUCUGAUCAGUUAUUGAUCUGAUCAGUUAUUGAUCUGAUCAGUUAUUGAUCUGAAGAUUUAAUGGAGCUGAUCAUUUAUCUGAUCAGUUAUUGAUCUGAUCAGUUAUUGAGCUGAAGGUUUAAUGGAGCUGAUCUGUUAUUGAUCUGAUCAGUUAUUGAUCUGAUCAGUUAUUGAUCUGAAGAUUUAAUGGAGCUGAUCGGUUAUUGAUCUGAUCAGUUAUUGAUCUGAUUAGUUAUUGAACUGAAGGUUUAAUCUAUCUGAUCAGUUAUUGAUCUGACAGAAGAGAAUGUAAUGUGACAGAACCGCAGUCUGUACCUAUCUGUGCUGUCGUGUGUUUUUAUUCUCUGGAUUCAUCAGUCAGCUGUUUGGUCUAAAGCGUGGAUCAGAGGUUCCUCAAACGUUCCUCAAAUGUCUGGUUUAGUCCAGAUAUCUUCAGUUUUCUGUCCCAGAGGAAAGAUGCUGCCAUCUCUGAAGUUAUUCAUUUAAUUGUUGAUUAUUGAAGAGCUGUUUGAUCGAUUGAUUGUAGCGGCUCUGGUUUAAAGCUUUCUAAGGACAGAAAUAAAAUGUUUCAUCCAGUUUUUAAUCUUCUGCUGCAGCAAACUGGAGAGUUGUCACUUUUUACACCUUUUUAUUUCUGAAGUACAAAUAAAGGAAAUGAGUUUAUCUGAACUGAAACGUGAUCUGGUGCUGGAGAGCAGAGAAACCGUUCAACAUAUGGAGUCACAUGACCUGACAGCCGACCAAUCACAGCCGGACUGUCCACCAGAACCCCGUUAAUGCUGCUCUUAUUCAUCAUGUUCUGCUCCAUAAUAAAAACCUAUCAUGUUCUUUU